AUGAAGGGGCAGAGGAUGGCCUACCUGAUGCUGUUCUCCUGCGUGACACUUUUGGUUGCGGCUCACGCUGUCGACGACGGGGGAGGACCCGUCGUACACACAACGGCCGGCCGUGUGAGGGGUUUCCGACAGCAGCUGAAUGGAAAAGUUGUUAAUUCAUUCACCGGCAUUCGGUAUGGCAAGGCCCCAGUCGGUGCACUUCGUUUUCGGAAGCCGCAGCCCGCGGAGUCGUGGACCGGUAUUGCGGAUGCAACUCAACCGGCUCCAGCUUGCAACCAAGUCAACUUCGAUCCGUGGUCAAUAGCACAAGACAGCCGUGCUCAUACUGAAGACUGUCUGUUCCUGAACGUCUGGAGCCCGGCAAGGAACAAAAAUACUUCGGACCUUGCGGUUAUGGUGUGGAUCCACGGGGGCGCAUUCCAAUUCGGCUCGUCCUCUUUGAGUAUCUAUGACGGUGCAUUUCUGGCAGCCUACGGUGAUGUUGUCAUUGUUUCCAUGAACUACAGACUGGGAGCCUUGGGCUUUUUGAACGGGGGAACGCAAAAUGUUCCUGGAAAUCAGGGGCAUCUGGACCAGUCGCUUGCGUUACAUUGGGUAAGGGACAACAUAGGCGCUUUUGGAGGAGAUCGAGGGAGUGUUACCCUUUUUGGGGAAAGCGCCGGGUCAGUGUCCGUAGAGUUUCACCUCCUCUCACCAGACUCCAAAGCACUAUUUCAGAGGGCUAUUAUGCAGAGUGGAGCUUUAUGUAGUCAUACACAGAGGGCCAAUGACCCCAGGCUACUCAUGAAACUGCAUAGGUUUGCCGUGCACCUGAAUUGUACCAAUUCUCCGGAACCUGACUUUCCUCUCCAAAUGAAUGUGAUAGAGUGCUUGCGACGGUCAGAUCCUGAACAUCUACAAGUAGCGGAAAGGUCGAUCUGUCCCAGUGAGGUAUGCUUCCGGACAGUCUUUGGGGUGCCCUCCCUGCAGAGUGAACCCUGUACAACUGAGUAUCAAGGGAACAAAGACAUAUUGAUCGGUCACGUGGUUAACGAAGGUGGAAUGCUAGUUUACGGAUCUUUUCCGGCUGUGUUCCAAGCUGGCUCGCCCCAAAAUUUGACGAAAACGGAGACGGUCUUUUUACUAGCUCCUUUGUUAUCCCCUCCAAGUCCCGAACUUCUAGACGAGCUUCACAACCUUUAUACUCGUGACAUCGAAGACACUGACUUCGAGAAGCUGAGACGAGCUAUUCAAGAUGCUUGGGGUGACAGGAUUAUAACCUGCCCAUCAAAGGAAACUUCAGUGAGGUUGUCAAGUAAUUCAGAUAAUUCAGUCUUCUAUUACAUACUGAACCACACUUCUUCGAGUUCGUCCCAGAAGCCCUGGAACGGGAUGUCACACCUCGACGACGUCCUCUACGUCUUUGGAAGACCGGUUGUGCAGAAGGCGUCUUCUGAUGACCAGAAUUACAGCAAGAAAUUAAUGGGUUUAUGGACUUCAUUUGCGAAGUAUGGGAAGCAACAUCUCGUGGAGGCGUACCAAUGGCCACAGCUUUUGCCUGGUAAUCUUGCUGCCCUGAAGAUCACGAACAGACCGCCUGAGCAGACAACGCUCAACUUGGGAGAUCGUUGCCGUUUUUGGAGUAGAGUGUAUUUGCUUCAGAACCAGUAUGAUCACUCGUAAACUCCCAGAGGGAUGUCGGACGGCUCAAAAAAGAAGAAUGAGAUGUGCGCAGACACAAUAAAGUUUCUAAUUGCCACUGGAAG